AUGGUACACGUGGUGUCUUGUCGCUUCUUACGCCUCGGUUGCAGUGAAGAGGAGCACCCGCUCUUCAAACGCGAGUAUGCCCGGAGUAACCUCGGACGAGGGGUUAAGCUGCUGAGGUGUUUCCCGCACUGCUGUCCUGGACAUAUCGAGCGGAGUUACUGUGGAUGCUCAGUGCAUCUACUUGUGACCUUUUCAGAGGACGUGAGCUCUACUGUCCUUGAUGAGUUGCUGGUGUGCACUCGGUUCGAACCAUCGCACGUCGCUCCACUGUGGUCUCCUAGUCUCGUGUCUUUAUUUCGAGACGCUGGGGCUGGAGGAGAUGAGGACAAAGGCAGACAUGAGAUCGAGCGCAGUCUUCAAAUUGGUGAAAGUGUGACACUGUCUGAGGAGUGGCUUCCAGAGCAACCGAAUGAGGACGCGGUCUGGUUGCGUGCAAAGAGGGAGAUGCAACAGGGACAUCCAAAGAAUGCCGCUCUGUAUGUGAUCAAUAGCCACACGCCCCCAAAGUGGUUCUACAACUACGACAGUGGCACGAGUCGUGAACACCGAGAAAUGACACACCAUUUCGUUGUUUAUGUCUUCCAACUUCAUGCUCGUAAGCAACAACCAGGGGGUUAUAUCAAAGCAUCCGUGCUGGCGCGACACGCAUCACUUGCGUUCUCGCUAGUGUCGUCCCGACGAUCGACUAAUCAUCGUAACGCUGAUCUUCCGGCAUCAGAUAUCCCCGGUGAUAACAUGGGAGGGGAUGAACAGCAGCAUAAAGACGCCGAGAUUCCACCGCUAAAAAAUAUUGGUAGCGCGGAAUUCCUGGAACAAGGGCUACAUAUUUUGAUUUUGUGGAAGUUUUUCAAAUUCCUAAAACGUGGAGAUAUCGAGUUUAGUACCAGCAGAGUUGGUCUUUACGUUCGCUCGUAUUUGAUUCGUGCAGCUGGAUUGCGAGGGACUCCACCAGUCUCGUCUACAGAAUUGGAGAACGCCGUCAUUUCACUUCUGAAUGACGUUCUGGGUAAUUCAUUCUAUCCUCCGAUCCGCAUUCCGUCAGCUACCAGCGUCGAUACAGGAGUCCACUUAGACCAAGAAAGAGGCGUGAGUCGAGUGAUCGUGCAUUUAUUUCUGCGGGUGCUAUCGUCUACUGUUAUCCAGUGGCACCUGAAUUCUGCGUUCAUCGCUGCGAGGGAUAUGACGAGUAAAUCAGUGCUGAACGAGCACUUUGUAUCGUUGGUGUCAAUUGUGUACGACGUUUUCGACAGCUUAGUACGCGAGCUUCCCUAUGAUGCCCCCUUUGGAGAUCAGUAUUUAACUUUACCGAUACUCGUGGAUGAUGUUUUAUCGGUCGUAUAUGAUCGGGACAGCUUCAACGAACUCCGAUCGGAGAUUUCAGCUUUACUCGAGUGGAAGGAAAACUCAGAGAGCUUGCUGAACGCUUUAAGUGAAAUCUUUCAAGUAUAUGUUGCUCAAGCGAGAGAGGCCACGAUUUCCCUGACUUCUCAAGUUCGAAACAUUACCCAAGGCCCAACCAAUCAUGGAUUCAGACAACGAUGGAUGCUCUUGCCUGAGUCAACGCAAACCCUUGAUCUCUCAUCGGGUAGGCAAUCGUCUGGCGAUUAUCGCGUUGUUGAUAUCGCGCAGUUCAUGUAUGAAUUCAGCUGCGUCGACGUCUCGCUUGGAGAGACCGACUGCUGCCUGUCAUUCCGAUCGGUAUUUCCAGUCUUACCGAAUACAACUCGAGCACCAACGACGUUAAUACUGGACGGACAGCUUCGAGUCUUCCGUGUGCUGCCGAGCGGCAUAUCAUCCAUGAUUGCGACGGCAGGAGGCUGGUGCAUUGGAGACUACACGGGAACAGUGUCAAGCGAUGGUCAGUCGCUCGAUGUAAGCUUGUUUGGAUUUGCAGAGGGAUACCACCCCAGCUCUGGCAAUGAAGUGUUGGUCGCGCGUCUUGUUAAUCUCACAUUAAAGCUGGAGAAGGGACAAAGCAAGACUGAACAAUUGAAAACGAAUGUUUCUACAAUGUCGCUGCACGCGGUAGUGUACGGCUCCGCUCAUAAACCACCGAAAGGCAACCAUAUUUCUGUCUCCGAGUGGUCGACUACAGAUCGAGCUGUGCUGUGGGACAAGCUACAGUGGACACCAAUGGUUGAGAUGCAAACAACAUACGUAGCUGUUUAAUAUGUAAUAUGGACUUUACGACAGUAGGUGGACAACUAGAAGAGAUACAUGGAAUCUCGAACAAAGGUUGCUGGAAGCUGACAAGAAUUUGGAAGAAUAACAGAUCGAAAUUGCUCUCAGAGUGAUUUUUUUUUAAUUCAAAGUCGUGCUUCACCGAAGAAGCUCUCAG